ACGCCGACCCUUUUAACUCUGGUCGGGUCAGAGUGCGCUCGCGACCGUGACGUCACGACGGUGCUCGGUUAGCUCGCGGAACGCGGAAGCGGAAGCGGGAGUCAGCGUCUGGAAGCUUUCUCGGGAAGAAGAUCAUUUGAGUAGACCAACAUGUGGCCAAAUCAAGGACCUCCAUACGCAGGACCUCCAGCCGCUCAGCCGCCCAAUCCUGCCUAUCCUGCCCCUCCAAACCCAGCAUAUCCAGCCAUGCCCAUCCCAUCCUACCCACCUGGACCCAACCCCAUCUAUCCGCCCGGCAUGAACCAGCCCACAGCCAUCCCUUACACCACUCCGUACCAGCACCCGUUCCCCCCCGCCGCGGCUGGGCCGCAUCCACCCUUCCCUGGAGCUGGACACCCCUGCCCCAUCCCGCAGUAUGGGGGUCCCCCGGCCGGGAUGAGCGCACCUGGACAUAAGAAACACAAGAAGAUGAAGAAGAUGAAGAAAGGGCAUAAAGCUAACAAGGAGCAUAAACACAUGAAGCACGGCAAGCACUCCUCGAGCAGCAGCAGCAGCAGCAGCAGUGACUCGGACUGAAGAGCAGCUCUGAACACAUUCACAGCCUGGGUUUCUCUGAUUCACCCUUCAGCCCUGCGGCAGUAAACAUGAUAAACACACGCAGUGAUGGAUAGCACUUAAGCACAUGUGUGUUUCUAUGAGUCUGAAUGCUUUUCUUAAUUAAAGAUCUAUAACUAAUGAGCUGAGGUUGUGAGUAGAUCAUAUUCAUUAUAACUUGACUCGCACACUGUAAUGACUUUUGCCUCUAUCUGAGAACAAACAAUUGUAAUUAAACAAAUUCACUUUAUGCAUUGAAGUUACUUUAAUUUUCUUUGUUUUGUUUAUUUAGAAAAUGUCAGUUAAAUUAAGAAGUGUUUGCCUGGAUAAACUUAUUUUUACCUGAGUACUCUGAACCUGCUUCUUUGUACAUUGCUCUUUACUUCCCGAAGCAGUAAAAGUGUAUUGAUCAAAGUUAAUAAUUGAGAAGCUGAGCUAGAUCUUGAUUAUUGUAAUCAUGAGGCAGAUUUAAUCUGUGGACUCGCGGUGUAUCUAUGCUGAUGAAUCACUGCAGAACCUCUGUUGACUAAUGAAGAAUCAUUUAAUAAAACAAGAAGAAGAUUGAAA